CCUCCAUCCACUUGCCAAAUCAAGUAGAAGUGCCCGUCCAUUCACUGCCUUUUCUGCGCUUCUAUUCUUCUCUUCUAAUGGCUUCUAGCAAUCCUGAUGCACUGCCCACUAUUUGUGAAGGCCUUUACACUUGCGCCCACAGCAACCUCCUCGCAUAUAUAUAGGAAGGGCAAAGAGGCAGAGAAACCUAAGAUUCCGUCGACUAGCUCCUCACUCCUCGCCACUCUACACCGUCUUCGUUGUCUCUCGGCGUUUUCAAGGACGCCUCUGUUGUGUCAACCCCCAUUCUAUCUUCCAUGUCGACUGAGCCCGCUGUACGACACACACCUCUGGGUGCCUCCGUGUCGCUGUCCGGCACCACCAAGGAACAUAACUCUUCCAGGGGCACAUUGAUCCGCUUUUCGCACCGCUCGACCAUCACCGCUGCCAAAAUGCGGCGCCAGCAGUUGGCUUAUCGACGGCCCUGUACACGGCAGCAGCAGAUGGAACUGCUAAACAGCUUGGGCCGCGCGGUGAAUAUGAUUCCAGAAACUAAGGACAAAGGGCUUCGCCAAUGCCCGGUGAAUCUCAAGGUCAUCGAGAGCAUAUUCUCCGGUUACACCCCAUUCUUUGACCACGCUCACGUCGUGAUCUUGGGCUUGGCCACCAACCAGCCUUACCGAAAACUCUGGACAUGGAAAGAUAAUAAUCGAGAGUUUCGCACAAUCAAGGGCAAGCAGCGCGUUACCGGGCUUGCACGGCCUUGGUUUCUGGAGCCUGGAAAGGCUAUCCGUGUAUAUCCCGAGAAAGUUCGCGCUGUUGAGGAGAUGACCCUCGAGCGGCUUAUACAGCUUGUGGAAGCCGAGCGGGACCGUCAAACGAUCCUCUUGGGUGUGGAAGGCUUUGUGCCGAAUCACAAAGCCUCAAAGGAGGCCGCCGGCACCCUUGCACUCUGA